UAUGCGGUGCGUGUGUGCCGCACAAGUAAAAGGAGAUAAACGCAGACAUUUCAACUGGAAUACCGCUACCUGCGCGCAAACUGACUGCAGCUGCGCCACUUUUCAGUCAGUGAUGUCCGCAAGAUUCAGCGCUAAUCCGGUUUUGUUUACUAAAUUAAGAGUGUUCGCGGACCGUUUAGCGUGACUUCAUGGGGGUCAGUUUGCACUAAUUCUAUUGGUUCUUAUUCCGAGUCCCUCCCGGAAAGCCUGUAAGACACCUUCGGGUGAUAAUGGCGCAAAGACAGCGGAGGUUUUUACCUGAACCUGAGGAUCCUCCAGAGGAGCGCCAGAAACAUCUAAACAGUCCCCCACCACCCUGCUGUUGUCAUAAGCGCAUCUGGCGCAAUGCUGCGCGUUUAGAGUCUGCUCAGUUCUUCAUUUUUAUCUGUUUGCUAAGAGGCCUCAGACUGGAGAGAUGGAGCCAACACUGAUCUUUUAGAACAGAGUGGCGCAGUAAUGUGCCGCUAUCGCUGGCGCUGGCUUGUUGUCAUAACUGGAGUCUGACAGAAUUUACCCGCAGUAAUUGGGCGGCGUAUGGACAACUUAGUGCAAAGUGGUGCCUUAAUUAGCGCGAAUCAGAGCAAGUGACGCGGAAUUACAGUAGAGACAAGGCAGCUGAGGUACCCAUGAGCAAGGCAGCAGGUCUGUCAUCUGCUGCUCGGCCAUGAUGGCAUCUUUCUAACGAAGGUCGAAUUCCUUCAUUAGACCGGAGUCCCGGUAGGUUUUUGUCAUUCUCUCAUUUUUCUUUAAUUAAAAUCAAAAUUUAGGAACAAAAUAAAAUAAUUUUUUACUCGGUGUUUAGAUGUUUUUAUCUUAUUUUAUUUUAACAUUGUUCUGCUUUUAUUGGCUUUCCCACUUACAUUUAUAUUUAAUACAUCUUCUUACUGCCGCGUGUGUGUGUAGUGUGUGUGUUUGCGCGCGCGCACCGUGAGGCCUUUGUGCGCCUGUGACAUUUGCUUACACACAACAUAUGGGGCGUACUUGGGUUGGGGGGGGGGGUCGCGUCAUUUAAUUUUUGGAAGGAAACUCAAAUGUUUCUGCUGCGUUUGGUUCUCACACGUGCACGGAGCGGAAAUGCGUGCGUUGCUGUUUUUGGUUAAAAUAAAUAAAUAAACGUAAAUAUCGAAACCGGAAGUGGCAGAUGAAUAAUAAGUCUAGAGAUUGUCACAGGUGUGUUAUUUUUAAUCAGGCGUCUCCCCGUGGAGCUCUGCAGCAGGAACGAUGACAGGACCGCGGAUCGAUCCUCCAGCAGCUCUCAGUCACGCGGUUUUACGAAUAAAUCUUUGCCAACCGGCUCAGGUAAACAACAUAGACCAGCCCACCUGAGCUUCGCCCGCGUGCAAACAUCCGGAAAGAGAAUUGUGCUCUUCUUACUGCAAGGCCGCAGCGCUAACCACUGUGCCACGGUGCAGCACGCUGCUCAAACAAGCAACACGAUAAUAAAUCCUGAAGGAGUCGGAAUAAAAACCAGCAGAAUUAGAGCAAAAAACCCGCCAAAAAUAUGUCUGCGCCAUUUAGGUACGGUGUUGUAUUCACACACACACACACACACACACACACACACACACACACACACUAACACACACACACACACACACACUAAAUCACACUAACACACACUACACACACACACUAAAUCACACUAACACACACACACUAACACACACACACACACACUAAAUCACACUAACACACACACUAACACACACACACACACACACACUAACACACACACACACACACACACUAAAUCACACUAACACACACACACACACACACACACACACACACACACACACUAAAUCACACUAACACACACACACUAAAUCACACUAACACACACACUAACACACACACACACACACACUAACACACACACACACACACACACACUAAAUCACACACACACACACACACACACACUAACACACACACACACUAAAUCACACUAACACACACACACUAAAUCACACUAACACACACACACUAAAUCACACUAACACACACACUAACACACACACACUAAAUCACACUAACACACACACACACACACUAACACACACACACACACACACUAAAUCACACUAACACACACACUAACACACACACACACACACACACACUAACACACACACACACACACACUAAAUCACACUAACACACACACUAACACACACACACACACACACACUAAAUCACACUAACACACACACUAACACACACACACACACACACACACACACACACACACUAAAUCACACACACACACACACACACACACACACACACACACACUAAAUCACACACACACACACACACACACACACACACACACACUAACGCAGGUCUCUCGGAUGCGUUUGGAGCUUUUUUAGAUUUUUAUUUGCAGCUUCAUGAUGGAGUUGAACUUCCUGCUCCUCCUGCUCCUCCUGCUCCUCCUGCUCCUCCUCCAACACUCCUG